GCACAGACUGAUCCCACCCGGCAUAUGAUCGGGGCUCCAUGUCAGCCGGGGCAGGCAGCAGCGACUCGCCGGCGCGCCGCGCGUAGCCAGAGCCAUGACAUUAACAAAAGAGAACUUCCACAGCGCCCUUCCGCCCGCUUCCCAGAUGGCCAACAUUGAGAUGGACAGCACUCGAGAGAACGAGGCGUCUCUACUGAAAUCUCUGAUGAGGACUGGAGCAGUAGUGCCGAGGAAGCGAGCGGCGGGAAGGCUGGUCAUGCACAGCAUGGCCAUGUUCGGCCGGGAGUUCUGCUAUGCCGUGGAAGCUGCCUUUGUCACGCCGGUGCUGCUUAGUGUAGGGCUGCCCAAGAACCUCUACAGCCUGGUGUGGCUCAUCAGCCCCAUCCUGGGCUUCGUGCUGCAGCCCGUGGUAGGUUCAGCCAGUGAUCACUGCACCUGUAGCUGGGGAAGGAGGCGACCUUUCAUUCUGGGUCUGGGCAUCAUAAUGCUGUUAGGCAUGGCUUUGUACCUCAAUGGGGACGUGAUGGUCUCAGCUUUCAUCGAUGAGACAGACAAGAAGCGGACGUGGGCAAUAGUCAUUACGAUGCUGGGAGUAGUGCUUUUUGAUUUUGCAGCUGAUUUUAUUGAUGGCCCCAUCAAAGCAUAUUUAUUUGAUGUCUGCUCUCAUCGGGAUAAAGAGAGGGGUCUGCAUUUCCACGCCCUCUUUACAGGUUUGGGAGGAGCCCUGGGCUACCUGACAGGUGCUAUGGAUUGGAGUCUGACUUUACUAGGAUAUACCUUGCCGUCGGAGUUCCAGAUGAUUUUCUUGCUCUCGGCCUUGGUUUUCCUAAUCUGCCUUACCCUACAUCUGCGCAGUAUUCCUGAAGUCCCACUCAGAUAUGAAAACGAAGAGCAAAAGUUCCUGUUGGAAAUGACCAAAUCAUUCAAGUAUAACUCCACAGAGGGGGAAAUCAGGAAUGGUUACUCAAAGCUGACACUUGCUGAAAGAAAGGCUGCAGCUACAUCAAGGAGCGACUCUGCUACAGCCUGUAGAGAGGAUCAAAGGCGGAUGACCCUUAAAUCACUCUUGAAGACUCUUUUAAGCAUGCCAUCCCACUAUCGCUACCUCUGCGUGAGCCACCUCUUUGGAUGGAUGGCUUUCCUGUCCAACAUGCUCUUCUUCACCGAUUUCAUGGGACAGGUUGUAUACCAGGGCAGUCCUUAUGCACCUCGUAACUCCACACUUUACCUUACCUACAGAACAGGAGUAGAGAUGGGAUGCUGGGGGCUCUGCAUCAAUGCAAUUUCUUCAUCAGUCUAUUCUUACCUGCAGAAAAUCAUUCUGCCAUAUGUAGGACUAAAGGGACUUUAUUUCACUGGAUACCUACUUUUUGGACUGGGCACUGGAUUAAUUGGCUUGUUUCCCAAUGUCUACUCCACUCUGGCUCUGUGUUCCCUCUUUGGUGUCAUGUCCAGCACACUCUACACAGUGCCAUUCCACCUCAUUGCACAGUAUCACAGGGAAGAAGAGAGCCUGAAGCUGCAGGACUGGGAGCAAUCUGGGGACCACGAGCGAGGGAAGGGCAUUGACUGCGCUGCCCUCACCUGCAUGGUCCAGCUGGCCCAGAUCAUCCUGGGCGUGGGCCUGGGGCUGCUGGUUAGCGUGGCUGGCAGCGUGGUCACGGUGAUUUCGGCCUCCAUGGUGGCACUGAUUGGCUGCUGCUUCGUUGCCUUUUGUGUUCGGUAUGUGGAGUAGGACUGUGUGAGGCAACUGGAAGAACUCUUCCCCAGGGGAGUGUUUUGUUUCUGGGUCAGUAGCACUGGUGCUGCUGCUGUGCUAGUACUGCUGGCACAUCCUCCUCCCUCACCUCCUCGGAGCAGUUGCAAUUCCAGAGCUUUACAAAAUGGAGACUUGAUAAAGUUGGUUGCCUAAUGCCUCAGAUCGAAAGCUUCUGUAUUUUGGCUGCUUUACUACUUCAUUCCUGCUGGCCUCAGUGUAUUAACACAUUAUGACACAUGACGGGGUGUGUACGCCCGUGCUAUCUCAAUGCCCUGCAUGAGGAGACACUAAGAAACUCCUCAUGACCAAUUUAUGGAAUUUAAUAGAAGAAGUAUAUGAUAAACUGAAGGAGUAAAAAAAUAAAAAUGGACAGAGUUAGGAAGAAAGUUGUUACUUACCUUGUCUUUCAAGUAUCUUAAGUCUGGAGCUAUUGCCUCUAGUAGUCAAAAUCUGCAGAAGACCUAACAGGUGUCUGAGGCCAGGCAGGGUGCAAUUGUGUCGUGACUAGGAGUAGCCCUUGUAGGCAUGCUCUGUUAAAGGGGAUCAAUUAAUUCUCAGCUACUGUCAAAAGCAGAUUUGUGUGUGAAAACCUAUUAGAAUAGAAAAAAGAUUCAAGCCUAUUGUUUAAAAGCGUAACUGUAAAGUAAUUGUUUUAUAUUGGAUCCUGCUGCUUCUGUAUAAAUGCGAUGAAAGUACUGACUGAGCUUGUAAUGAAAUUCUGCCUAAGGCUGCUCUGCAAAUCCAUGUGUAGGGACCUAAACAAUCCAUCUAUGGGGAACAGCUGCCACUUCUUCCGUCUUAAAAAACUGCGUCUUCACUUUGCUGCUGUAAUUGCAAAAAUACUUCGCCAAAAUAAGAAUUUUAUGAAUGGUUGUAAGCCACUUAAAUCUUGACAUUGGAUAUGACUAUUUAUCUUAAAGUAGCAUCUCUUUCCUCUGUG